AUGCCAGUCUCCAACCAGCUCACGAUCGAGGAGCGAUGGGCUGUCAGCGCCACAGAUUCGCAGUUCAAUGCGCUUUCCGGCGCGAUUGGAGGUUUCAUGUCGGGCAUUGUCACCUGCCCCCUGGAUGUCAUCAAGACGAAGCUACAAGCACAGGGAGGGUUUACGGCAGAGGGGACGCAGCGUCCAAGGGUCUAUAAGGGCUUGUUCGGGACAGCCAACGUCAUAUGGAGGGACGAAGGGCUCAGAGGCAUGUACAGAGGCCUUGGUCCUAUCAUAAUGGGAUACCUACCGACAUGGGCCGUAUGGUUUACCGUCUACAACAGAAGCAAGUUGCUCCUGGGUGAAUACCACCACAACAGCUUCGUCGUCAACUUCUGGUCAUCGAUCAUCGCAGGGGCCAGCAGUACUGUUGUCACGAACCCGAUUUGGGUCAUUAAGACCCGUCUCAUGUCGCAAUCAACGAGCCACGACCGGACGAAGCUCUCACUCUUUCCUAAGGGUUCGAAUACACCAACCUCGCGCCCAACAUUACACCAACCAUGGCACUACAAGUCGACAUGGGAUGCCGCGCGCAAGAUGUACACCACGGAGGGCCUGCUCUCAUUCUACUCUGGACUUACCCCGGCUCUUCUGGGCCUUUCUCAUGUGGCGGUUCAGUUCCCGGCGUACGAAUAUCUUAAAGUGAAGUUCACCGGCAGACCUAUGGGGGCAGCACCCGCAGCAGGGCAAGACGACAAGGCACACUGGUUCGGCAUCCUAUCAGCAUCAAUAAUGUCCAAAAUCCUGGCCAGCAGUGCCACAUAUCCACACGAGGUCAUCCGGACCCGGUUGCAAACACAACGGCGUCCCAUGCCCGGCCGCGAGUAUAUGGAGGGCAUUGGUGGUGUGGCGCCCGGAAUCAACGGGGGCUCUCAGCAAGUGCAGGCCGGACCCAAGUACAAGGGCGUUAUCUCCACAGCCCGAACGAUGCUGCGCGAAGAGGGGUGGAGGGCGUUCUACGCAGGGCUGGGCACGAAUAUGAUGCGCGCCGUCCCAGCAGCCACGGUCACGAUGCUAACAUACGAAUAUGUGAUGCGCCAUCUCAACCAUGUGCGGGCGAGUGGGAAGGAGAAGUUGCAAUUGCAACACAGAGAGGGCGAGCUGUCGGGCGCAUGA